AUGAAGUUGUUCGGAACAACUCCGACUGAUAUCUCUCCAAUUCCGAGUCCAGAUAAUGAGAGAUCGGGAAGCUUCAAGUCAAGAUUCUUCAAUCAUUAUAUGAAUAAUCAGAAAAGGGAGCACAAAUCAAGUCAUGGCGAAACAAGCUGGUGCUUUUCACAAGUCAAAGGCGCUUUAAAUGAUGAUAUUACCGAUGCCGAUGUUAUUUCAUGCGUAGAAUUUAAUCAUGAUGGUGACUUAUUGGCAACGGGUGAUAAAGGUGGACGAGUUGUUAUUUUUCAAAGAGAUCCAAACUCAAAAGCUGCAAACCCACGUCGCGGUGAAUUCAACGUUUAUAGCACCUUUCAAUCGCACGAACCCGAAUUCGAUUACCUAAAGUCACUGGAGAUUGAGGAGAAAAUUAAUAAAAUUCGAUGGCUUAAGCGUAAGAAUCAGGCACACUUCCUAUUGUCAACAAAUGAUAAAACAAUAAAGCUCUGGAAGGUGUCGGAGCGCGACAAAUGUAUAGAAGGCUAUAAUACAAAGGAGGAGACUGGACGUGUUAGGGAGCCGAAUCAAGUUACAUCAUUACGUGUGCCAUCAAUUAAGCCGAUGGAUUUGAUGGUUGAAGCAACACCGCGUCGUGUCUUCGCAAAUGCUCACACCUAUCAUAUUAAUUCAAUUUCAGUCAAUUCUGAUCAAGAGACAUAUCUCUCAGCGGAUGACUUAAGAAUUAAUUUGUGGAAUCUAGAAAUAACAAAUCAAUCAUUCAAUAUUGUUGAUAUAAAGCCAUCAAAUAUGGAGGAAUUAACGGAAGUAAUAACAGCAGCUGAAUUUCAUCCUCGUGAUUGCAAUUUAUUUGUAUAUUCAAGUAGCAAAGGUACAAUUCGUUUAUGUGACAUGAGAUCGUCUGCAUUAUGCGAUCAACAUGCAAAACUCUUUGAAGAGCCUGAAGAUAAUGAAAUGAACAAUAAGAGCUUCUUUCGUGAGAUUAUCAGUUCGAUAAGUGAUGUUAAGAUGAGUAAUUCUGGACGUUACAUGAUGUCAAGGGACUAUUUAAGUAUUAAAGUUUGGGAUCUACAUAUGGAAACGAAACCGGUCGAGACUUAUUCGGUUCAUGAAUACUUGCGAACCAAAUUGUGUUCGCUGUACGAAAACGAUUGCAUUUUUGAUAAGUUUGAAUGUUGUUGGAACGGUAACGAUACAUCAAUAAUGACGGGCAGUUACAACAAUUUCUUCCGUGUCUUCGAUCGCAAUACAAAGAAGGAUUUAACGAUGGAGGCAUCGAAGGACAUAAUUAAGCCGAAAACUGUUCUUAAACCUCGUAAAGUAUAUACAGGCAAUAAGAGAAAAAAGGACGAGAUUAGUGUCGACUGUUUGGACUUUAAUAAGAAAAUUCUUCACACAGCUUGGCAUCCACUUGAGAAUAUUCUUGCUGUGGCCGCAACAAAUAAUUUAUUCAUAUUUCAAGAUAAGUUUUAG